AGACUUCCUGUGGUAAACUUGACCACAGGGAACCUGGCCCUGCAAGAACACUAGACACAAAAACGUGCCGGAUGUCUAUGUCAGUGCUACCGAGCAAGAGCAGUGUAGUGGAGCAAGAGAUGUUUUUGUUGCGAAAUCCACAUUUCGUUUUGGGUGUUAUCACCUUUCGUUGAAUCAAACGCCAAACACAACUUAAGCUUAUAGUGACAACCCAAUAUCGAGGAGUGGAUUAGAAACACCCAUAUAGAUGUUAUCCCCCACAAGACACCAUGUGACGGUGGAAGGUCAUGCCAGAUUUGAGCUAGACUCAGAAGAUGAUAAAACUGUCUGUACACAUCUGCAGUUUACUUACCCGCUCAAACUACUAGUCCCAAAGUAUGCAUCUGAAAACCCUCGCUGCAAAUGGCUCUACCUAAUUGCUUAUGGUGGUGGUCUGGUGGAGGGGGAUAGUAUUACACUUCAUGUAGAAGUUGAGAAAAAUGCAUCUGUUGUGCUAACAUCACAAGCCUCAACAAAGGUCUAUCACUCUGAAAGAGGACGGACUACCAGCCAGAAAAUAUCUGCAAUGGUUGCUGAUGGAGCUUUGCUUGCUGUGCUACCAAGUUACCUAGUCUGUUUCAAAGAUGCUCUUUACAAACAAGAUCAGGUUUUUCACCUGGCACCCCAAGGUAACAUCAUUCUAUUGGACUGGAUGACUGCUGGUCGGAUGGCUUGUGACGAAGCCUGGCAAAUGACCAGUUGUUCCUUGCAAAAUGAAGUCUACAUUGAUGGCAAAUUAGUGUUUGGGGAUUCUAUGACUCUGGCCCAACAUAGUGAUAACCUAUUGCAAUACAAGAUGGGGAAAGUUAAGGUGGUUGGUACAUGUGUUAUCAUUGGCCCAUAUUUUAAGGAUAAAAUCUGUUCGAUCCAGGAAAAGGUUAAGUCAUUUCACUAUAAAUACAAGUAUAACAAUGUGAUUACUAUUUCUGCAAGCCCGCUUGCACCAUUAUGUGAUGGCAUAGUCAUCAAACUCAUGUCAACUGAAGAGGCAGAGAUGGUACAACAAUGUUUUUCUGAUAUCAUUGCUGAUGUGGUGCCGAAUAUUGGUGGGGAUCCCCUUAUAAAACAGUAGACAUAAGUAUAGAUGCAGUCAGAGGUCUGACCAGGAAUGUUUUUAAAGGUAUGCCAAGAAAGGUGUAAAAAUGCUUUUUAUUAAGCAAUACAGUAUUUCACUUAAAAUGAUCAUCACAAUUCUAUUUGUGUGGUAAAUAUAAGCAUGCAGUAUUUGUGUACAGGUAGCUUCAUCUAUGCAUGCUCUUAUUUUUGCCUUCAAUUAUCUGUGAGCCACAAAAGAAAUGCAUGCAGGAAAGGUCUGAUGUGUCGAUGAACAGGGGUUAUCCUGAAAUUUCAGAAAGGGUGCAUGAUAGUGUAAUAGGCAGGGCCUGGACAAACCCAAAUUGCAAAUCACCUUAGACAAUACAGCAAAUGUAUGGGGAAAUCUCAGGGGGGUGGGCACCUCCACCCCUUCUCCUUAUUUAUUUCUAUUUCAUUUUAUCAUUUCAUUUCAUCUCUGCUAUUAUUUCUUGUCGCUCAUGGCAUUUGGCUCUGAGCUACUGUACUCAGACUCUGAGCCCUCCACUUGGCCAUUCAAACAUGUGCUUUGACUAUUUUUGUGUCUUCUUAUUUCGAUUUGCUGCUCUGAACUAUUUUGAUAAGUUAAAACCAUUACCAUCUGGACAUGGGCUCGAAAAUUUGGGCAUGCUCCAAGUUUGAUCUCGUGCUCUGAUAUCUUGAUAACGUGUUGUUACACUUCGAUCAUGUAUGUCAAAUUUCCGCAUCACGCGCUUUGACGUUCUGAUCACGUGCUCAGACAUAUUGUUCACCCUUAUUUGCCGUUGGAUCAUACCCUCGUAGACUUUGAUCUUGCGUCCUUGAGCUGUUGUUCCUUGUUGAAGAGAAACCCCUGUCAUAGAGCCUGAGCUCUCUACCUCUGAAACGUGACGUGACCGCGUGGAUUACGAGUUUUCUGAACGCCAUGCGAAAGUCCUUUAUCAUAAAGCUGUAGAUGAAAGGGUUCAGGACAGAGUUGAGGUAAUGCAGCCAUUUGGUCAACAUGAUGCUCUCGAUGUCAAUAGGACACUCUCUGAAGAAAAAAAUAUAGUGAGAAAUCACUGCCAAGAUUCCGUCUAAAUGUCUAUCCCCAUCUUUCCGAGGCUUGCCUACUGUCAUGCCUAAUACACGCAGAAUGAGGGCAUCAUACAAACAAUGCCCAAGUUUAGUGGGAUAUGCUACGCCUGUAUAAUCCGUUCAGAAUUUGAAUCCCCAAGACUUGCAUUCUAACCAAGAGAGUGUGAUGUAAGAAAACAAAUUCCCUUGUGUUUAAAAAUAGCUGUCUGUUCUAAAAAUAACUCCCAGAGACGAUAUGGGCCACGGGGAUUCGUUCUCUUACAUCAUACUCUAUUGGUCUAACCAACUGCAUGGUGUUUCCCAAUACCCUAUAAGGAAGCCAGUCGCUAUCGACAUGUCAUGCCAAACCUGUAUCAAGCUAGUAUGUACAUCAAGAUGAUGUCAAACGGCUAAUCCAAUCAAAUGCUUUUCCAUUGUACAAUUGAGCCAAUAAAAAAUGCCAUUGAACUGUCA